UAGAGCCUUGCAGGUUGCGGUCCCACAUUUAUCCAUGUACCUGUGUAUUUAGGUGUCUGAGGUCAGCGUGGCCCACGCAUGUAAUGUGUAUUGUUCGCUUUCUGGAGAUUAUAAUAAUAUAGUCUUCUGGGUCUAGAGAGAAGCCUGUGGAGAGUGAACGGUGGGACUACCUUGGUUAACUCUGUUACAUGUACGUCAGUGUGUGGAUAUACCUGUAGCAGAGAUCGGCAGUGAAAGAUUUACAAACGCUGAAAUUAUAUUGGACAUUAAUUCAAGAAAAAAAAAAUGUUGCCAACCAUUCAAAGCUCUGGAUCCCUUGGCGCUUGUUCGCCUUGUUCAGAAAAAGAACAUUCAAGUUAUGUAAAGCAAACAAGGACUAAGAAAUUCCAACAGAUGCUGAGCAACAUCGCCAAUGACCUAGAUCUGCUCCUGACUGACCUGUGCCAGCUGUACCCCUUCCCAGGGGCCAACUCACCCAUGAAGUCCAGCUUUCAGCCCCCUCAAGACACAGACAACCUGACAAAUAACACCAGAGAGAAAAAUACUUUAGGAAAUAGCAAGUCCAGUAUUGGAAGUGAAAGCAGCAGUGACCAGACUUUGACAUCGGACAGCGGCCAUGACGAAAAGACACAUGACAGUUUCUCACCAGAGACAACCCUGUACCAUAUUGAAGAUAUUACCCAGUGUCACCAAACAACCAGUGCUACAUCUGAAAGUACUGACCCCAGCCUCCGUCCAAUCACUUUGUUAGAAAGAAUCUCCAAGACUCAUUCAAUAUGGCUGUUGCCCGAAAUUGGUCGGACUGGUGCUGUUCAUCUUCUGAAAGACAGAGAUACUGGGACAUUUAUCGUACGUAAAUCAAGCCAAAAACAUUCUCUGGCAUUGUCUGUUCAACAUCGCCAUGCAGAUAAGUCUACGGUGGACCACUAUCUCAUCGAGAACUCGGAAUAUGGCAUGACCUUACAGGGUUCCAACCACGUCUUCAAGUCCAUCCCACAUCUUAUUGUAUACUACGUUCUACACCAAGAUGAGCUGCCUAGCUUGUUGAUGCUGCCAGUUGCCAUAUUGAAUGCAAAGACUUCACAAGAGUUGUCUGCCCUUUCUAUGCUAGGACAAGAUUUCUGGUUGUCAAAAGUAUCUCACUGUAAAAUGUCAGACGUGUCUUGUGGAGCUCGUCUUCAGAAGUCAUCCAGCGAGCCAAUAAACAUCACCGUUCCAUCACUUGACAAACAACCACCGCUUGACAGGGUCAACUCCGUCACUUCUCAGUCUCUCAAUGAUUUCUCGAAAUUCAUGAAAAAGCGUAUCACCACACAGCGAUCACUGGAGGGCCCCGAGCUACCUCCUAGGACUCACACUCAGAUUAAACUUGUGCAGAGUGACAAUGCUAAAGUAGUUUCACAUAAAUUUGAUGAAUCGGAUCACAGGAGACAUGCUAUGGGUCUUGUCAAUGGAGAUCAGCAAGUUCCAGAGCCGGGGGAAGUCGUGUCUCGACACACAUUGAAGGGAUACAAAGAACAAGUGGAUUUAAGGUCUCAGACUCACCCGAGAGUGUCGGAAAGAGGCAAAUCUUCUCUUCAUUAUACAACAUCUUUGGAUUUGUUACACAUCCCGGAACAGAGUUAUUUUCGAAGUGAUCUGUCGGACAAGAUGAGUGAUUAUGAGGAUAUUUGGAAAAAUAAUUUGAGCGAAACAGAAAGCAAUAAUAAAAAUAAUGUCACGUGCAAUAUAUCAACCCAGACGACGAACAGUCCUGGGCCAUUUAUUCCAACAGUGCAUAAUGAUAUACGACACUCUGUUCUAUCUCCUCUGGAAGAAGAACACCUUCCAAAAUGCAAUAUUCACAAAGCAAUAGCCAUGGGAACAGUUACUACACAAAACGAUCAAAAACAUGCUCUGUCUGAAGAGAAUUUCAGAACAAAGCAGAGUGAAAAGUAUGCACUGGCUGUAGAGACAGUGAGAGCACAUCAUGAUCAAAGCUCGGCCUCGGUGACAGCAACAAGUGAGCACAGAGUCCUUCAAAGCCAGGAAUACACUUCAACAAUGCAAAUAAAUCCACAAACAGCUUCCACUUCCAUUCCUCUUUCACAGAACUUAAACUCUGCUCCAAAAACCAAACCGCCACCAUUGCCAAGGUUGUCGAGGAUAAAAUCAUCCUCAACAUCAUCAUUAUCGACAACAGCAUCUCCGGUUUACGCUGAACCGGCUGAUGCAGUUGAUUUUAAAGGAUCAAAGGGUCAGGCCAUUAGUGUGAGGAUCAGGAGGUGCUCAGCACCAUCUGCCCCUGUUAAACUCCAAGAACAGUGGAAGCAGAUGGACUGUCAGAAGUCAAAGCCGUCAGAGUGUCAGAUAGCCAAGAAGACCAGACUGGACACCAUUUUCUCACCACGAAUGCUGCAGGAGCAUGUUGAAGUAAGCCAGCAUGGUGAUACAGUGUUCUCGUUUGAAGGAAGACUUCGAAAUCGUCCCCCUUUAGCUGAGACGUUUGCUCAUAGGAAAGUUGUGCAGAGAAGUCAGAGUCUGAAAGUGGCAGUUGAGAGAAAAACCAAACUUUCUCGACAAAAAAGUUGGCGUGAAAGGUUUUCAAAACUUAAGUUAGAUGGUGCUCAGAAUGCUGUGGGUGGUGAUGGUAAUCGCCUUAAGACUAUUGAAGAUCUAAAUGCCCAAGAACUUUGUAAACUAGACGAUGCAUUGUUUUCUCUUGAGGAUCUGGAAAAAAACGGUGAUGAUAUUCAGAGUCCAACACUGAGUAAAUUUCCUGUUUAUAAAAAGAAACUUCCAACAGACACAGGAAAUAGAGCAUCAUGCUUUUCCGAGUCGUCCACAGUGCAGGAUAUGAUUUCAUGUGCUUUACCAGACCUGACCAUCAGACCUAUGAUCCCUCAAACAUUGGCUAACGUGAAGCGGGUGUCGGAGUAUGACAAUUUGUUAAACCUUUAUGCCCCACCUUCUGCCGCUAGUAGUGUAGGGACUGUGUUCUGCAAGCCAUGGGAUAACCAACCGUGGGCAAAACUGCUGCCUGCAGGCGAUACAGAGCUACAAAAAGAUAUGAGUGCUAACGACAGGGUAAAGUUGUGGCAGACAGCAAAUACAGACCCUCACGACGGACAGUCUUUAGCUGCUUCAGACACUGAUGUAGAAGCAGUACGAACAUCUUCCAUUAUUGAUGAAUCUGAUGGUGCUCCUGUUUUUCAUAAUAUUACCAAUCAUAACGUAGAAUCAGCUCAUGAUCUUUCAGAACAUCAUUCCAGAGAUAAUACUCAGUCUUGUCAAUUAAAUCACAAGUCUGCUGAGCAGACAGACAGUUUUCGUUCUGUUGGUGGAUCUCGGUUUUAUAACGUACGAAGCAGUGAUUCCACCACGGGUUUCAAUUGCUUAGAUGAUAGAUUAAAUGAUGAUACACAAAAUCAUCAGUUCUUGGAUGAAGAAGCAGUGUUUAGUGAUGACAAUAGUUUGAUUCUGAAUGCUGAACUGAAGGAUCGAAUGAGACCUAUUGUUUCUCACUCGUCAACACUGCCCCACUCCAGUAACAGUCCUGGCGCCAAAAUUAAGGACUAUAUUUGCAGGUUGUCACAAGACCGCAGCACAACAUUUGGCAGUACAAUUGAGAACUUCAUCCAGUGUACCUUGGACAGUCAGGAAACAAACCCACAUACUGUUAUGAGAAAUGUACGGCAGUUCAUGACUGGAAUUAAGAACUACCUAGUGAAGCAUGGAGAAGGACAGUUGGAGGACUUAAUUGAAAGAGAAAGAAAAAAUCUUGGUGCUAGCGAGAUCCUGAACAUCGAUGCACUCAUAGAAGGAGCUCUACAUGUGUGUGUCAUUCGCCCAGUCAAACAUCACAUCUACCGGCUUUUUGUUGAAGAUCACAACAAAAAUGGCAACUUGCAAUUAAUGGUGAGAAACAUAAAGUAUGCACGAUCAAAAACUCCUCAAGACAUUGGAAUAAAGGAGGAUGUGGUACCUCCACAUGGGUCUGACCUGGAGUUGAUCAAGCACUGUCUGGAUAAAAUGCAGAGGGCAUACUCUCCCCUUAAGAAACUGGAAAACCUUCUGGCAGCAACAGCAAUUAUUUAUCGAUGUGGACAGAAUAAACACCAAGGUCUCAACAGAGGUCCAGCAUCAUUAGGAGCUGAUGAUUUUCUGCCGAUGUUAAUCUAUGUGUUGGUGCACUGUGGCAUUGUGUCAGCCGAGAUUGAAGCUGAUUACAUGUGGGGUCUGCUCCACCCAACACUGCUGACUGGAGAGGGAGGCUACUACCUGACCACACUCAGCAGUGCCGUGCUUGUGUUGAAACACUUUCAGGAGACACAACAAACCAAGCUCUCCCAGCACAAGGGUCGUCUUCCUUCAGUGAGUGACAUGCAAGGUUUCUUGAAAAUCGCCAUCCCCGAUGAAGUGCGAGACAGUAUCAUUUGGAAAACACUUCCUGUUCGUCCAAACAUGACAACAAAAGAUGUCUGUAAAAUUAUUGCUCACAAGUUCAAGAUCACAACUUCACAAGACUAUAGUUUGUUCCUCCUUGUAAAUGGUGAAGAGACCCAGCUAGCUGAUGGUUUAUGUCCACAGAUGAUCAAAGGGGAAUACAUCGCAUCUGGUGCUGAUGUCGUUUUUGCCUACAAGAGAAUGGCUGCCAACAUUGCAUGGCCAACAAACAUGUCACAGUCUUCUGACAGGUAGCAGCAUGGAAAAGAAAUUUGUGUGAAGACCUUCUGCAAACAAACGUCUUUCUACAUCAUAUCAGCAAAGUGUAAAUAAACUGACCAUUAUGAUAUAAAGUGGACUCUGUUGA